GAAAAUGGUAAGAAAGUUCUAUUUAGUGUUAUAUUACAGAGGCCAACAAUAACAUACACCAACUCAUCCAUAUUCUGUAUUCUUAAACAAUAUCCUCCUAUCUUCCAUUAAUUUCCUUUCAAUUCUCAUGGCUAUGCAAUCUCCUUCCUAUUCCUCUUCCUCUUUAAUUUCCUACGGAUUCACCUACCAGGUCUUCCUCAACUUCAGGGGCAGUGACACUCGUGACGGUUUUACUGGACAUCUCUACAAGGCUCUUACUGACAAGGGAAUUCACACCUUCAUUGAUGAUUGUGAUCUUAAGAGAGGAGAUGAAAUCACACCAUCACUCAUCAAGGCCAUUGAAGAAUCUAGGAUUUUUAUUCCUGUGUUUUCUAUCAACUAUGCCUCUUCUAAAUUUUGUUUGGACGAACUUGUCCACAUCAUUCAUUGCUACAAGACAAAGGGUCGUCUCGUUUUGCCCGUUUUCUAUGGCGUGGAUCCUACUCAGAUACGGCAUCAAAGUGGGAGUUAUGGUGAACAUCUCACUAAGCACGAAGAGAGUUUCCAAAAUAACAAGAAAAACAAGGAACGAUUGCAUCAAUGGAAGUUGGCUCUGACCCAAGCUGCUAACUUGUCCGGAUACCAUUAUAGUCCUGGAUAUGAAUACAAGUUUAUUGGGAAGAUAGUCGAAGACAUCUCCAACAAGAUCAAUCGUGUCAUUUUACAUGUAGCCAAAUACCCUGUUGGAUUAGAGUCCCGAUUAGAACAAGUGAAAUUGCUUCUUGAUAAAGAAUCUGAUGAAGGGGUCCAUAUGGUAGGACUUUAUGGUACUGGAGGUUUGGGUAAAUCAACACUUGCCAAAGCGAUUUAUAAUUUUGUUGCUGAUCAAUUUGAAGGUGUAUGCUUUCUUCAUAAUGUCAGAGAGAAUUCAGCUCAUAAUAACUUGAAACAUCUCCAGAAGGAGCUCCUUUCAAAAACAGUUAAAGUGAACAUUAAGUUUGGACAUAUUUGUGAGGGAAUUCCAAUCAUUAAGGAAAGGCUAUGUAGAAAGAAGAUUCUUUUGAUUCUCGAUGAUGUUAACCAACUGGAUCAGCUAGAGGCUUUGGCUGGAGGACUUGAUUGGUUCGGUCCUGGAAGCAGAGUCAUCAUCACCACCCGAGAUAAACACUUACUAACCUGUCAUGGGAUAGAAAGAACAUAUGCAGUAAGAGGGCUAUAUGGGACAGAAGCUCUUGAAUUGUUGAGGUGGAUGGCGUUUAAGAAUAACAAAGUACCGCCAAGUUAUGAAGACGUUUUAAACCGUGCAGUUUCAUAUGCUUCAGGCCUUCCCUUAGUUUUAGAAAUAGUGGGUUCCAACUUAUAUGGAAAGAGCAUAGAAGAAUGGAAGGGUACAUUAGAUGGAUAUGAAAAGAUUCCCAAUAAAAAGAUCCACGAGAUACUUAAAGUAAGCUAUGAUGCUUUGGAGGAAGAGCAGCAGAGUGUCUUUCUAGACAUUGCUUGUUGCUUCAAAGGAUGUAGAUGGGAGGAGUUUGAAGAUAUACUUCGUUAUCAUUAUGGCCAUUGCAUAACACAUCAUCUUGGAGUGUUGGCUGAAAAAUCUCUCAUUUACCAAAAUCAUGGUUAUCUGAGAUUACAUGACUUGAUAAAGGACAUGGGUAAGGAAGUAGUCCGACAAGAAUCACGUAAAGAGCCUGGAGAACAAAGUAGGUUAUGGUGUCAAGAUGAAAUAGUUCAUGUUUUAAAAGAAAACACUGGAACUAGUAAAAUUGAAAUGAUAUAUAUGAAUUUCCACUCCAUGGAAUCCGUAAUAGACCAGAAAGGAAAGGCCUUCAAGAAGAUGACAAAACUCAAAACACUUAUCAUUGAAAAUGGUCAUUUUUCUAAAGGUCUUAAAUAUCUUCCAAGCAGUUUGAGAGUAUUGAAAUGGAAAGGAUGUUUAUCAGAGUCUCUAUCAUCUAGUAUUUUAAGCAAGAAGUUCCAGAAUAUGAAAGUCUUGACAUUGAACUGUUGUGAAUAUUUAACUCAUAUACCUGAUGUCUCAGAUCUUCAAAAUUUAGAAAAGUUCUCAUUUAUGUUUUGUAAGAAUUUAAUUACAAUUGACGACUCAAUUGGGCACCUAAAUAAACUUGAAAGCUUAGAUGCAGGUUGUUGCAGCAAGCUCAAGCGUUUUCCACCCUUAGGGUUGACAUCUCUUAAGCAAUUGGAACUCAGUGGUUGUGAGAGUCUAAAGAAUUUUCCAGAAUUAUUAUGCAAAAUGAGAAAUAUAAAACAUAUUUUUUUGUCUAGAACUUCAAUAGGAGAAUUGCCAUCUUCAUUUCAUAAUCUCAGUGAACUUCGUAGUUUACACAUAUUUGGAAUGUUUAGGUUCCCAAAACCUAAUGAUAAAAUUUAUUCUGUAGUGUUUUCAAAUGUGGAUCAUCUUGUUCUCGAAAAUUGCAACCUCUUUGAUGAAAGUCUCCUAAUAAUUCUCAAAUGGUGUGUUAAUCUGAAAAAUCUAGUCUUAGCAAAGAACAAUUUCAAAAUUCUUCCCGAGUUCCUUAGUGAAUGUCACCAUCUUGUUGAAAUUAUCGUGGACGGCUGUACCUCUCUUGAGGAAAUUAGGGGGAUUCCACCAAAUCUUAAAUGGCUUUCUGCAUUGAGAUGUGAAUCAUUGAGUUCCUCAAGUAGAAGAAUGUUAUUGAGUCAGAAACUACACAAGGCUGGAUGCAUUGAGGAGAUUCUUAUGCCAAACGGAAUAGAGGGGAUUCCAGAUUGGUUCGAACACCAAAUCGUUAGGGGAGACACAAUUUCUUUUUGGUUUCGUAAAAAUAUCCCUUCUAUAACAUGUAUCAUUGUUAUUCCGGAAUCUGUGGAAAUUGAAAAAUUCAAUGUGUUUCUCAAUGACAAGGAAAUUACUACUAUGGAGUGUUUAUUAUAUCCUAAAGAUAUCUCGCCGGGACAUUCAAUUUUGUUUGAUAUGAAAUUGGAUGAGAAUAUUUACGAGAGUUUUGCAAAUAAGUCUGAACUGUACGGAGCAUUUAAAAAUAAUGAAUGGAACCAUGUGGAGCUUAUUUGGAAGUUAUAUUAUUGGAGUGACAUGGAGGAGGAUGAUUGGAGUGACACGGAGGAGGGUGAGAAAGAGAUGAUCAUAUUAAGCAGUGGUGUACAGAUGGGAAUCCACGUGUCGUGGAAUGGGUAUGAUUGGAGUGACACGGAGGUGGAGAAAAGCAACAAGGAGGGGGAAGUGAGAUUCACUAAUCCUUAUAGUAGAAAGAGAAAACUUGAUGAAUAUCUUUUCAUUUACAGCAAUACUUUAUUAUCACAAUUUGUGCCUCCUCUAAAAAAGCAAAGAUUGGUGGAAGUGGGAGUUUCAAAGACAGAAAUUUUGCAGCAGCAUAAUCUAGUAGCUUUAGUGUCAGACAUGCGGGAUUUGGUCCUCACUGAAACAAAACAAAAGGAACAUCAUGGCUAGUUUCCUUGGUCAAGCAGCAACCAUCUCUCAGGGCAUCCAGCUGCAUCCCUUCAGUCCAGAAACGUGUAGUGAGCUUGGCAAAUUUCAUAAAUUGGGACGCAUCCUAAAUGAAUGUUGUUACAAGAAACCAUCUGUAGUCACCUGUCUAUGUGCAUUGUCAUGCGAUAUGUCUAGAGAUUUCUCGCACCACAGAAUCUGUUGGUUGUUCGAAAGGGCAGUGAGUAAUGCUAUGCUUUGAGCUUAGUUAUACUGGUUGCAGAUUUUUGAGAAUUUCAAUUUCAGUACACAAAUUGGAAUCCUUAUAGAAAGAGUAAAUAAGAACUCUGACAACAGCAAAUGUAUGUAUGUAUGAUGUGAACUUCCAUUUCUCAAAUAAAGUGUUUGAUUAUUAAUUACAACUAGACUUUGAAUAUUCUCCUAAAUUUGUUUUUUGUAAA